GGAUCUGCUGCUCCUUCGCGUCGCACUGCCUCGGCUACCAGCUUCUUCGUCUGCCUUCUCACUCGGAAUCGUGCUCGGGCCUUUUUAACUUUGGCUGUCACCAUCCUCAUUCCAUCUAACUGAUGUUGAGCAAAAAUUCUAUUGCGCGCCUCCAGAUAUGCCCGCAUCUUUUCCUCAUACGGACCGCUCCGCUGUCAUCCUGGUGGGCACCUGUGUCGAGCGCGAUUCGCCCACUUGCUCCGCACUCCGACGGCCGUUUCCCGUGCACGCGGGGCAUGUUGGACUAUAGGUGUCGGGCCUGCCACACCUAUAACAGAAGACGCGCCUUUCCGGUGACAUGCAGUCGCGGAAACCAAUGCCGGCUUGUCUGCAGUUCCAGCAAACUAACGCCUGUUGCGGACGCCUUGCCAAACGCGCCUCUUCAACUAUGCCGAAAUCCGCCGACUCCUCGCCGUUAGUGUCGUCGACCAACUCCUCCACUGCCGGUGGACGGUUUCCACCACUAAAACGUGUGCCGCUGCGUGUUGGGAACAAGCCUUCUCGCCGCUGGACCAUAGCUUCCACCUCUACGCAUUCGUCACAUGGUGCUGUUUGGAGACGCGACGCCAGUUUCCUCAUGGCAUGGAUGUACUCCUCCACGCUUUCGUGUGCCUUCUGCCGUCUUUCGCGCAAUUGACGCAUGCGCUCGAAUUCAUCGGCGGCGCCUUUAAAACGGGACAGCAUGCUUCGCUUAAGUUCUGGCCAGCUGUCUGCCCGGUGGUCCCUGACAUACUGCCAGUACCACUCGCGAGCGUGCCCAGUUACUAACAGAUGGAAACUGUUUAAUACUUCAAACCAUGCGCAGCGACACUGCCUCUGAAGGAACUCUACCUGGAAAACGAAGUCUUCUACCGCCAUUUUCUCCUUGUCGCCGCUGAAAACGAUGUCCCACUUCUCAACGCGGCACCAUCCUGAUCUGCCAUUCGCCGCAGCAUACGGAGGAGGUGGGUCCAGCUGACCACUCCAAUCGUUACGCCUAUUGCCUCUUCGACGGGCCGACUGUGCCGCGGGAUUUUGCCAAUUUCGAGCUGUGUUGCUGCUAUUGCCAGCUCCACUGGAGGAAUUAGCUGCCGCUGGCCUUGCUACCGGACGCGAAGUUCCUCUUGCUGGUGUUAGAGGUUCAGCCUGGUAUUGAUGCUGCCGUUUUGGCACCGCACCACGAUUCUGGCUGACUGGCGGUUGCCAUGCUCCAUUUGCAGCUGAAUCGCCGCUAUUCGCUUGCGGUUGCAAGAUUUCUUUGAGCGCGCCCAUUAAGACAUGAUGUUGUUGAUGCCCUCUUUUUGCGAUUGGCGGUAUGUUUCGUUCGCCUGGGCCACUGCUGCUUCUACCGCCGACGCGACUACUGGCUCGGCGUCCCAGUGUACUGCUGGUGCUAUGGACGGCCUCGGAGGAGUGUGCAUGAGGCCACCGGUUGAAAAACCCACGGCUCCUUCUAGGUGUUCCUCCAGAUCAUCAUUUCUGGCAGUUCUCGACCUUGUGUUAUACGCGCGCGCAGAAUCCUUUUCCAUUUCAAUCAAAAAAAAAAACGCUUUGUUUUUUUAUGAUAUUUAUAUAUAUUUUGGAUUAUAAAUUUGUUCAGCUUUCAAGCAGGCCCCGAAGAAAAAUUCGUUAUUCAAUUGAAUUGAUGUAUAUAUAUCUGUA